AUGACAACAACAACGACAGCAACAACAACAACAACUUGGGAUGAUUGUUUAGGGGAGAGUGAUUCCUGGCUUCUGCGGCCGCUGCAGGAGUAUUUACAUUACAAUUCCCCGCUCCCUGUCCAACAGGCGGUUGUGCCUACUGUUCAACGUGCUCUUCUCAGUGGACUCCCAAUGGAUGUUUGCCUCACCGCCCCAACAGGAAGUGGAAAGACUUUAUGUUAUUUACUUCCCAUGCUGCGGCUCGUGGCGGAGUGUAAGAAGGGAGUAGAUCACACACGACUGCGGGCAUUGAUAUUAGUGCCUACCAAAGCUCUUGGCAUUCAGGUGUAUAGGGAAUUACAACAACUCACACGUGGAACUUCCAUCGCCGUGGUCUCUCUAUGUAAAGAGAAUAGUGUGAAGGAGGAGGCAGAGGCACUUGUGCGUACGGCUGCUGUUCUGUCUAACACCACUGCAUCGCGUCAUUCACUACUAGGAGGGGAGAGAAAUGAGGAGAAUAAUAAUAAUAAUAAUAAUAAUAAUGAGAAAAAGAGAGGAGAAGGUAGUCUCGCUGUAGCAAGUUCCUCGCAGUUGUGUUACUACUCACGCGCUGAUAUUGUCAUUGCAACCCCGCAGAGACUUUUACGUCAUUUGGAUGGCACGGCUGGAUUGUCUCUUGCCGAUCUUCGUCUUCUUGUCAUUGAUGAGGCGGAUCAAGUCCUUGCUGGUAAUUUUGCAAACUUUGUCGCCAAGGUAGUAGAACGAUUUGAAGAGGAACAACUAACUCGGUUAACAGAGAAAAGCAAUACACGACGACUAAUGCAUCUCACAUAUAGUCUACAUAAAAUGUUGUGCUCGGCAACACUUUCUUCUCAUGUGGCUCGAGUAUCAGAAGUUCGACUACGUAAUUGCCGACACUUUGCUUUGGAUACCUUUGGUAGUGAUAUUAGCCGUGAAGAUGAGGGAGAACCACUCCAGCUACAAUCUCUUGAGAAUAAGAGUAAGAAAGUAAAAGGGAAAAAGCGCGGUGGAGCAGCAGGAAAUAAUAAUAAUAAUGAUGAUGAUGAUGAUGAUGAUGAAAACGAUGAGAAUAAUGAUCCAGCUGGGGCUUUGCCUAUUUCACGACAGCAGCUUGUUCACACAUCAUUUGCUCUUCCUCCAAGACUGCAGGAACACGUAGUUUUUGUGGAAGAUUGGUACCGCCACGCGGUUUUGUUAAAACUUAUUCGGUCAAUUAUUGCUAAACAAAGAGGGGAGAAACUUGAAGCAACUCCACUAAAUGAAAAGAAAGAAGAAGAAGAAGAAAAGGAGGAAAAGGAAAAGGAACAGCUUAAAGAUUCUGCUGAUAGUUUAUUGAAGAGCGGCAAUGGAACCAACAGUGAUGAUGAUGAGGAUGAGGAUGAAGAGGAUGAUGAUAAGGAGCACGCGGAUGCGGAGUUUCGUGCUCUUGGGCACCGCCGACGCCGAAGACAACAAAACAACUGCACUUCUACCACACACUUUCAUCCCAACACUACUACUACUGAUAAUACUAAUAAUAAUAAUAAUAAUAAUAAUAAUAAUAAUAAUAAUAAUAAUAAUAAUAAUACUAGUAUUAGAAUUAGUAGUACUAACAAUCCUAACAGUACAUCCACAGGUGAGUACCCGUCCUGCGAUGAUGAUGCUGGUGAACGUAUUCUUAUCUUCUGCCGCUCUGCUGAGGAGGCACGUGUGAUGGGUCACUUUCUUCUCUCUGCUGGUGUGCGGGCGACGGAGUUCACAACUCUCACCACAGAAAGUGAACGACGACGGGCUUUAUUGAAAUCCUCUCCGGAUGCCUGUGUAGUCGCCUCUGAUGCGUUAAUGCGUGGUGUGGAUGUUCCUAAUGUUGGUCAUGUUAUCAUGUAUCACCCACCAGAGACUCUCUCACAGUAUGUUCAUCGUGCUGGCCGUACUGCACGGGCCAUGCGAGCAGGACAUCUACACAUGUUACUACAGAAGAAUGGACCAAGUGGAACUCAACGUGAUGGUGAAGUGGCGGUGUUUAAGGCUCUCAGUGCCACUAUUGCAAGAACACAGCCUGUGCGAUAUGAAAGACACUUCUUUAUGUUUGAUCGCCCUCCAACGAGUACUUCACUCACAAGUACAACGACAACUACCGGUAGCUGUAGUAGUAAUAAUAAUAAUAAUAAUAAUAAUAACAACAAUAAUGAUAAGAGUGAAAUCACUACAACAGACAAGACACAAUUGUUAGUGGAGGAAGCCAAUGAAUUGCUAAAGAAAACACAGGCAAGACUAGCAGGUCACUGGACUUCAGCGCUUGAGAGUAAUAAAAAGAAUACAACAUCGGAUAAGAUGGUACGUACCCCGCGUACUGGAAAGAAUGGUAAUGAACCCCCUACCAAGAAGGAAAGAAGGUAA